UAACGUGGGAGCGGGCAAAAGAGGUAUCAGCACAUGUGUGAGAAGGACAUUUGAGUCUAAAAGAUGGUGAUGAUGAUGAUGGGAUUUGUACAUGGACGUAUGAGUUCUGACUUCUGAGAGAGUAGGAUCCGUGAGUAUUGGGUUUGGGUGCUGGCUGGGCCCUUCAGAUCUGCAAGAAAACAACGAUGACCCACUCCAAGAAACCCACUGCUCUAUGCAGAAUACCCUCUUCAGCCCUACACUCUUCUAGAUGCGCCUCUUCUCUUUUAUUAUAUUAUUCUUUCCUUUUCUUCUUCUUUGAGGAACCCGGGAUCCUCCGUUCUCUUCUUUAUUUUUUCGUUUUCCUCAUCAGACUGGGCAAUUCCUCUGGUAUCGAGUUUCAUCUGAUUUUUUUGAGUUCUUCUUUUCUAAGGUCUUAACCAAACUUACUAUGAUUUUCCCAUCAAUUUCUGUGAGAGCCCCAUUAAACCCAAUCACCCCGUCAGUCCUUAAACCCCCACCAAAACCCUCUCUGUUUCGCGUGAAGCCUGUCCACUGUUCGAAUCAUCAUCAGAACCCCAACGCCGUCGAUAAAUCCGUGAAACUCUCGACCCAUCUCAUACACCACAUCACGGUAGCCACUGAACUAGUGAACAAAAAGCAUGGUAAGAAAAACAGUGGAGAUGAAGAGAGGAGAGAAUCUUCUUCCCAAGUGGGUAGUCGGCAGAUGUUGGGUUUAUGCGGGUUUGGGUACGGGGUACAAGGUUUCAGGUGUUUUCCAUGGCUUGCGCUCAACUUCCACAUGGCCCACAAUCUUAGACUGGACCCUUCAAUGAUGCAGAUUGUGCAGAACAUUGGUAACCUUCCCAUGGUGGGCAAGCCUCUGUUUGGAAUCUUGUCAGAUGCUUUUUACAUUGGUGGUGCUCACAGAAUCCCUUAUAUUUUCCUUGGAGCCUUUUUGCAGAUUCUCUCUUGGGGGGCGUUGUCAUUGAUCCCAGUUGCAGGUGAAGCACUUGCUACUCUUAUGCUGUGUGUUCUUCUCAGUAAUCUUGGAGCAUCCAUUACAGAAGUUGCACAGGAUGCUCUUGUUGCAGAGUAUGGCCAAAAGCAUAGAAGGGGUGGCCUCCAAUCUUAUGCUUUCAUGGCUGUGGCUGCUGGUGGAAUCCUUGGCAACUUAUUUGGUGGAUAUUUUUUACAAAACACACAACCCAAUACAAUGUUUCUUGUAUUCGCAAUUCUACUCCUCUUUCAAGUUGCAGUGUCCUUGACUACGAAAGAGGAUUCUCUUGGCUUACCACAACCAGUGGAUCAGAAUCUUGUUAGGAAAUCGAUCUUUGAAGGUGUUAGAGAACAGUUCUCUAACCUUAUGACAACAAUUGGUGAAGAUAGCAUCUGUCGCCCUCUUGCUUGGGUUGUAGUUUCUAUUGCCAUGGUCCCAAUUCUGUCAGGGCCCAUCUUUUGCUACCAAACACAAUGCCUUUGCCUUGAUCCUUCAACUAUUGGGAUGUCUCGAGUGGUUAGUCAGUUGAUGCUUCUAUCUGCAACUGUACUCUAUAAUCAGUUCUGGAAAAGGAUUCCCAUGAGGAAACUGAUUGGCACUGUGCAGAUUCUGUAUGCCUCCUCCCUUCUUCUGGACCUUGUUCUAGUAAGACAGAUAAAUCUCAGUUUGGGUAUUCCAAACCAGGUGUUUGCUCUUUGUUUUUCAGGUGUAGCAGAAACUAUUGCACAGUUUAAGCUCCUACCGUUCUCAGUGCUUUUUGCAAGUUUGUGUCCAUCAGGUUGUGAAGGAUCUCUGACUUCUUUCUUAGCAUCAGCAUUUUGUUUGUCAUCAAUAUUCAGUGGGGUUUUUGGUGCUGGAUUGGCUUCUCUAAUUGGAAUAACAGGCGGUGACUACUCGAGCCUGCCUGUGGGGAUUCUGAUACAGUUCCUUGCAGCUUUAGUGCCUUUGGGGUGGAUGCACCUUGUACCCAUGGUGGACCCAACAGCUGAAAAGGAAAGGAAGAAGGGUACAAGUAAAAGAAGUAGAAGAAAUAGAAGGGUUGGAAGAGUAGCUCUUGAUUCAAUUUAUGCUUACCGGCGAGAAAGAGAAUACGAGGAGCAGAGGUAAAAGAAGCAGUGUUUUUGGAGGGUGCUGGGUAGAAGAGGCUAAGCACCAUUGCCUUAUCGUGGCAUAAGAGCAUAAUGUCUACCGUGUUUCUGGUGCAUCGUUUAGUCAACGCAACACAAUGGAAGUUGCUAAGUCAGCCUGCUCUCAUAUAAGAUUAAGAGUCUGUUUGGUAGUGAUUUUAUGAAGUAUUUCAAAUUUUUUAAUACUUGAAAUUAUCUUUUAAGUAUUAAAAAGAUUAGAAACACUUUCAAAAAUCAUUAUCAAAUAUACUCUAAAUGAAAGAUUAUUUGGGGUUAUGACAGGCAAGAAUGGCGCUAAUGUCCAUAGUUCACCUGGGGUUGGUGAUUUUAUUUUAUUUGUUUGCAGAGUGUACAUUUCUCGUCCAUGAUUAAAAGAAAAAGGGACCCAAGUGUAAAUUUCAUCCAUGGUUUUUCUUUUCA